UUGGAACCCGCGCCACCCGCGCCAAACGCCAUUUUCGACGUUGUUUGGUUCGGAGUCGUUGUGUGCUACCGGCGUAUUGCCCAAUUUUUCAGUAUUCGAAGUUGUUAUAGUUGCCAAAGAUGUCUAAAUCGGAUGAAGCAAUGGACACAGGAGAUACAGGAGAAAAUUCGAAUGCCUCCUCCGCUGAAGAAGCAGCCCCUAAAAAGGGGAAGGGUGAAGAGUAUGAGAGCAAAGUUGAAACUGAUCGCAGCAAGCGUUUUGAUUUCCUUCUCAAGCAAACAGAAAUUUUUUCCCACUUUAUGUCAAAUUCUUCCAAAGAAAAGGCACCAGGCAGUCCUGUUAAGCUAAAACCUGGGCGACCCAAGAAAAUUGUGGACAAACCCGAUAAACCUAAAGAAAAAGAGGAAGACCCUGCUGACCACCGGCACCGUAAAACAGAACAGGAGGAAGAUGAAGAGCUUCUUGCAGAAUCCAAUGCCAAUGCCAAAAUAGUUACUAGAUUUGAUGCCUCUCCAUUUUACAUUAAGUCUGGUGAACUUCGUGAUUAUCAAGUCCGUGGUCUGAAUUGGAUGAUCUCCCUGUAUGAAAAUGGUAUCAAUGGUAUUUUGGCCGAUGAAAUGGGUCUGGGUAAAACUUUGCAGACUAUUUCACUUUUAGGGUACAUGAAACACUUCCGUAAUAUUCAUGGACCCCAUUUGGUCAUUGUUCCCAAAUCAACUCUUCAAAACUGGAUGAAUGAGUUUAACAAAUGGUGUCCAACUUUAAGAGCAGUUUGCUUGAUCGGUGACCAGGAUCAGAGGAACACAUUUAUCCGCGAGACACUUAUGCCUGGAGAAUGGGAUGUUUGCAUUACCUCUUAUGAAAUGGUAAUCAGAGAGAAAGGUGUGUUCAAGAAAUUCAAUUGGAGGUAUAUGGUGAUUGAUGAAGCCCACAGAAUCAAGAAUGAAAAGUCAAAGCUCUCUGAAAUUGUACGAGAGUUCAAAACAACUAACAGAUUGCUACUUACCGGAACACCUCUUCAAAAUAAUCUUCAUGAACUUUGGUCUCUCUUGAACUUUUUGUUGCCUGAUGUAUUUAAUUCAUCUGAAGAUUUUGACUCUUGGUUUAAUACCAAUAGUUUCUUGGGAGACAAUUCUCUUGUUGAACGUUUGCAUGCUGUUCUUCGCCCCUUCCUACUCCGUCGUUUGAAAUCAGAUGUGGAGAAAAGACUCAAACCAAAGAAGGAAGUUAAAAUUUAUGUUGGUUUGAGUAAAAUGCAAAGAGAGUGGUACACCAAAGUGCUAAUGAAAGACAUUGAUGUUGUUAAUGGUGCCGGAAAAAUUGAAAAAAUGCGUUUGCAAAACAUUUUGAUGCAGUUGAGGAAAUGCUCCAAUCACCCAUAUCUUUUUGAUGGUGCUGAACCAGGUCCUCCUUAUACAACUGAUGAGCAUUUGGUUUAUAAUUGUGGCAAAAUGGUGAUCUUGGAUAAGCUGCUCCCAAAACUUCAAGAGCAAGGAUCUCGUGUUCUUAUUUUCUCUCAAAUGACCCGUAUGUUAGAUAUUUUAGAAGAUUACUGCCAUUGGAGAUGUUACAAUUACUGCCGUUUGGAUGGUAACACUCCACAUGAAGACAGACAAAGGCAAAUCAACGAGUACAAUGAGCCCAACAGCAAGAAAUUUGUCUUCAUGUUGUCUACACGUGCAGGUGGUCUUGGUAUCAAUUUGGCUACUGCUGAUGUUGUUGUCAUUUAUGAUUCUGAUUGGAAUCCUCAGAUGGAUUUACAAGCUAUGGACAGAGCUCAUCGUAUUGGUCAGAAAAAGCAAGUUCGUGUUUUCAGAAUGAUUACUGAGAAUACUGUGGAAGAAAAGAUUGUUGAAAGAGCUGAGGUCAAACUACGUCUUGACAAGCUUGUCAUACAGCAGGGUCGGCUUGUUGAUAACAAAGCCGGUGCACUGAACAAAGAUGAAAUGCUGAAUAUGAUUCGGCAUGGUGCCAAUGAAGUAUUUGCAUCAAAGGAAUCUGCCAUCACAGACGAAGAUAUUGACACCAUUCUGGAAAAAGGAGAAAACAAAACUCAAGAGCUAAACAAAAAACUGUCUGAAAUGGGUGAAUCAUCUCUUCGUAACUUCACAGUUGAUACACCCACUGACUCAGUAUACAAAUUUGAAGGAGAAGAUUACAGGGACAAGCAGAAAAUUCUUGGCGUUGGCAAUUGGAUUGAACCUCCUAAGAGAGAAAGGAAAGCAAACUAUGCAGUGGAUGCCUACUUCAGAGAAGCUCUCCGGGUAUCUGAGCCAAAAGCACCUAAGGCACCAAGACCACCCAAACAACCAAUUGUUCAAGAUUUCCAAUUUUUCCCUCCUAGAUUGUUUGAACUGCUUGAUCAAGAAAUUUAUUAUUUCCGUCAAACUCUAGGUUAUAAGGUUCCCAAAAAUCCUGAGCUUGGUCCAGAAGCAGCUCGUGUGCAGAAAGAGGAACAGAGGAAAAUUGAUGAGGCUCAACUACUCUCUGAAGAGGAGCUUAACGAAAAGGAAUCAUUACUUAUGCAAGGCUUUACCAAUUGGACUAAGAGAGAUUUCAACCAGUUUAUUAAAGCUAAUGAGAAGUAUGGUAGAGAUGACAUUGAGAACAUAGCUCGCGAUGUUGAGGGAAAAACUCCUGAAGAAGUAAUGGAAUAUAGCACUGUGUUUUGGGAACGUUGUCAUGAACUGCAGGAUAUUGACAGGAUAAUGGGACAGAUUGAAAGAGGAGAGGCCAAAAUUCAGCGCCGAGCUGGAAUCAAAAAAGCACUUGAUGCUAAGAUGGCUCGGUAUCGCGCACCAUUCCAUCAGUUGCGCAUAUCAUAUGGUACAAACAAGGGAAAGAACUAUACUGAAGAGGAAGACCGCUUCCUUGUAUGCAUGCUUCACAAGUUGGGUUUUGAUAAGGAGAAUGUUUAUGAAGAAUUAAGAGCAGCAGUUAGAUCUGCUCCUCAGUUCCGUUUUGAUUGGUUUAUCAAGUCACGUACAGCAAUGGAAUUGCAAAGGAGAUGCAACACACUUAUCACACUAAUUGAAAGGGAAAACCAAGAGCUUGAAGAAAAAGAAAGGCAAGAGAAGAAAAGAGGCAGACCCAAAGGCAGUACUGCAGGCAGUAGUACCCCUAGCCAGAACAGCACCAGUCAGUCUAGUUCUGCAACACCUGCGCCCGCAACACCAAAUGCUAACAGUGGAACUCCAAAUGCGGCCAAACAAAAUCAGAAACGAAAGGGAGAUUCUAUGGGGCCUAGUUCUGCUAACUCAACACCAGACCCCAAAAUCAAAAAGAGAAAGAAGUGAAAAUUUUGAAUCAUCAACUUAACAUUGUGAUCAUGACAAUUGUGUAUGCAGCUAAUCUUAUUUCUCCAGUAUGAAAACUUAUUAGAAUUUUAGCUGUAUUGAUUGGACAAAUGAACUUUUAAUUUUAAGUUACUCCAAGUGGAGUAUCAACUUGCAUGUUAAUAUCUGUGAAUUUGACGAAUGACAUUGCAAUCGUUUGCACUAUAUUUUAGAAAGCAUGUAUUGAUGUGGCUCUAAGUUACAUCUUGCAUCUUAACUUUUCUCAUUUUAUGAUUUGUCAUCUUUCCUUGUACAUAUAGUAAAUCCUCAUCUGGUCUAGUAUUUGGUGUGUACUGUAUACUUGUUCCAAGGUAAUUUUAUUUAUGUAACAUUAAAGUAUCCUGUACCAUA